AUGGGGAAAGAUAAGCAGAGGACUGGAGGGUCAUCUACGACGCCUGCAAGCGGAGCACAAGAGCAGGACCCAGACAAGGACGAAAAAAGUCUGCCGGGCGAAGCGGCCAUUGAUAUGCUGGUCUCUUCACGGCAUAUGGCUCUAGCAAGUCCUGUUUUCAGGGCAAUGUUACGGCAUGAGGGGUUCAAAGAAGGGCAUACCCUCGGUGCAGAGGGCAGUGUACAGGUGCCUCUCCCAGAUGACGAUCCUCGGGCAAUGCGAAUCCUGCUCGAUGUCGUACACGGCCUAAAUAGGAGAGUUCCUCGGAAGGUCAGCUUGAAGACCCUAGCUUCAAUUGCUGUUUUGGCGGACAAAUACCAGAUGGUAGAAGCUCUGGAAUCAUACUCGGAUACAUGGAUCAAUCGGCUCAAACCUAAACUGCCAACAGAAUAUAUCAAGGCUGAAGACGAGAAGCUUAUUUUCAGGUGGAUGGAAAUCGCAUGGGUCUUCGGCAAGUCGGAGGAGUUCAAGGCUAUGACUUGCUUGGUUGAGCGUGCCGGAUAUUCGGAGUUGAACAAUGAAGUUGUGGGGAUGUAUUCAGUUCCGAGUACGAUUAUGGGUACUUAA